AUGGGAAUGGUUUUUGGUAAAAUCUCUGUGGAGACACCCAAAUACACCGUCGUCAAAUCCUGCGACGGUUACGAGAUCCGUGAAUACCCACCGUCCGUUGCCGCUGAGAUCACUUACGACCCUUCCGAGUUCAAAGACAACAAAGACGGUGGCUUCUCGGUGUUGGCCAAGUACAUAGGCGUGUUCGGCAAGCCUGAGAACCAGAAGCCUGAGAAGAUCGCCAUGACUGCUCCUGUGAUCACCAAGGAAGGGGAGAAGAUCGCCAUGACUGCUCCGGUUGUGACCAAGGAAGGAGGAGGAGGGGAGGCCAAGAAGACGGUGACGAUGCAGUUUCUGUUGCCGGAGAUUUACAAGAAGGCUGAGGAUGCGCCGCGUCCGACGGAUGAGAGGGUGGUGAUUAGGGAGGAAGGAGGGAGGAAGUAUGGUGUGGUUACGUUUAGUGGAACUGCGGCGGAGAGUGUGGUGAGUGAGAAGGUGAAGAAGCUUACGAGUGAUCUCGAGAAAGAUGGGUUUAAGAUCACCGGAGAUUAUGUCCUUGCCAGGUUUAAUCCUCCUUGGACGUUGCCUCCUUUCAAGACCAACGAAGUCAUGAUCCCUGUUGAAUGA